AUGUGUGAGAUGUCCCCAGCAAAUAAGCAAUGCUCUGAGUUUGGCCACGUGAAACCCAUGCUGCCUAAGUUGGCCACAGUGCUACGACAAGAGCUAUCAGCAGCUGAGGGGUAUCAGCAAUCCCUGCGUUAUGCUAAAUUCAAGCCAGAUGGACAGGGCUUAAUAAAAUUGCCACCACUUGCUAAUGCUCUGCCGGGAACUCCGUAUCCGACUAAGCCCGUAUCAUAUGUAACACCUGAAAGCAAUCCAAGAGGCGUGCAACCGUAUGGCGGAAACACACUACUAGCACAAUCCUGGACACCAAUUGGUGCGAAUACAGCGUCCGCGUCCCCAUCUAAAUCUCCUAACGGAGAGGCUUCGGACGAACAGAGAAAGUUGGUCUUACGAACCCCAACUGCUCCAGAGAAGGAUUUUGGGUCACCGACUGUUAGCACUGACGUAGUGAAUGAGGCCAUUGCUCCUAUAAUAUCAAACAAAAACGCCAACAGCAAUGCUUCAUCAACCAUGUCAGGGAAUAAUAAGCGGUCCUUUGCAUUCAUUUCACAUUUCCUAGACACAUUCUUGUCUCAGGAACCCUCGAUCGACAAUGCACCACUGGCAAGGCGCAAGAGAAGAAGAACUUCUAAGCAUGAGUUGCUUAUCCUUCAGCAAGAAUUUGCUCAGUGUCGGACACCUUCUAAGGAGAAGCGUAUAGAACUAGCAAAUCGAUGCAACAUGACGGAGAAAGCGGUUCAAAUAUGGUUUCAAAAUAGAAGACAAAGCACUAAAAAGAAGAUCAAGGAUACGACAGAACAGUUACCUUCAACUCCACUCUCAGCCGACAAGCUUGCAAAACGGUCUAGUUCACCAUUGGAAGACAAAACUCUUCGAGAAUCGUCUGUUGAACCAAUUCGCGUUGUACAUUCUUCGUCUGCUCAACUUAAAACACCCAAGAGGCCCAAUGUUAAACAUUUUGUUGCCCUGAGCAGUAUUGUAGCGACUGCUAAGGGACCAAGUCCCGAGGCCUCUCCGUGUCCUACUUCUCAAUUGAGUAAAGGACAGGCAUUAACCUUUAGAUUACGAUCCAACAAACAGUUAACGCCUGUACAGACAUCACCUAAUAACAGAGUUAACAAAUUGAUAAAUGGAGCUCUUAAGGGAGCCUCAAAGGCUACGGAUAUAAACUCAUUCUCUGCAGUAACUCCAAAGGCUCAUAAGUAUAAUGGCCGGACUGUAUUGACACCGACGAACAAGAACAAGAUAAAUACGAUGCUGAGAGGCAGACCUCUUAAGGAGCUCAAUAUUAAUAAACUAAAUACUUGA